GGUGUGACGUAUUUUCCGGGCGGAGGGAACAUGGCGAGCCGUGCGCUGCUGGUGGCGCGAGGCCUACAUGGCUGCUUGCCUCGUUACUUGCAGGGUGUUCUUGCCACGCCAUUGCCCUGCUCAACUUUCCAUGGACAAACUUUCCUAGUACGAGGACUUGCAGUUGAAGCGAAGAAAACAUAUGUACGGGACAAACCACAUGUCAAUAUUGGGACCAUCGGGCACGUUGAUCAUGGCAAGACUACGUUAACAGCAGCUAUUACCAAAAUUUUGGCUGAGUCAGGAGGUGCUCAAUUCAAGAAAUACGAAGAGAUUGAUAAUGCGCCAGAAGAGAAAGCACGUGGGAUCACAAUCAACGCCUCCCAUGUAGAAUAUUCAACAGCCAAUCGUCACUAUUCACACACAGAUUGUCCUGGGCAUGCUGAUUAUGUCAAGAAUAUGAUCACAGGGACAUCACCUCUGGAUGGCUGUAUCCUGGUGGUGGCUGCAACAGAUGGUCAGAUGCCUCAGACAAGAGAGCACCUUUUACUUGCUAAACAGAUUGGAGUGAAGCACAUUGUCGUGUACAUCAACAAAGCUGAUGCUGUUGAUGACAAAGAGAUGUUGGAGUUGGUGGAGCUGGAGAUCCGUGAACUUCUCACUGAGUUUGGCUACAAUGGGGAGACAGUUCCUGUUAUCAUAGGCUCUGCUCUAUGUGCUUUGGAGCAUCGGAACCCAGAGUUGGGCUUGAAUUCAGUCAUGAAGUUGCUGGAUACAGUGGACGGACACAUCCCUGUGCCGGAGCGUGACCUUGAAAAACCUUUCCUGCUUCCCAUAGAGCACACUUACUCCAUCCCAGGACGGGGUACUGUGGUGACUGGCACUCUUGAACGUGGCAUUGUUAAGAAAGGAGAUGAGUGUGAAUUUAUAGGGCAUAACCGGAACAUGCGCUCAGUGGUAACUGGUGUGGAAAUGUUCCACAAGCAACUGGAUCGGGCAGAGGCUGGUGACAACCUGGGUGCUUUAGUGCGUGGGCUGAAGCGGGAGGAUGUACGGCGGGGGAUGGUCAUGUGCAAGCCAGGAUCUAUCCAGCCACACCAGAAGGUUGAGACUCAGGUUUACAUCCUGAGCAAAGAUGAAGGUGGUCGUCACAAGCCAUUUGUUUCAAACUUCACACCUGUCAUGUUUUCCCUGACCUGGGACAUGGCCUGCCGUGUGGAAUUGCCUGCAGGGAAGGAGUUAGUUAUGCCAGGGGAGGAUACCUCUCUGAUUAUGGUUUUGCGAAGCCCCAUGAUCCUGGAGGUGGGGCAACGCUUCACACUGCGCGAUGGACAGAAAACCAUUGGUACUGGAGUGGUCACAAAGACAUUACCAGUGACUCCAGCAGAUAAAGAGAAGUGGGAAAAUUGAAGUUACAUCCUACAGCAGUGGAUGGUGCAAAAGACAGAACUAAGGCUGUUGGGAAAGAGGAGAUGAGGGCAUUUUCUGAGAGACUUUUCAUGUAAACUUCAGAAUAUCGCAUUCAAGGCUGUGGGUGGGGAUAUUAAAUGUUCAUGAUGUGUUCUGCUCAGCCCUGUUUAUUUCAGAGGGAAAGACCAUUUAAAUAAAACACUUUGAAGUCCCUCUAA